AUGGCGACGGCAGCGGCGACCUUGAAACCGGGAAACUUGGACUCACACCAACUUCUUUCCGAGGCAGCAUAUGGCUGUGAACACUUGGUUCCGAUUCUGAAGAACAGUGCAGCAGCAGACCCAUUCAAAAUUGGAUUUCGAAAACAGUAUGAGUCGUUGGCUCCAUACACGAAGCCCGAGCCAGUCACUGUCCAGGCCACUGGCCUUCGCACCGUGUCAUCGCUGAAGCCGAAGUACCAUUGUCUUUCGUGUUCUGAGGUCUGCCUGAGUACCGAGAGAAAAGCACACACUAAGAAAACCGGACAUGUCUUCUCCGCAGACAUUGAAUCCCGAAAUCGCUUCCUCUUUUGUGAGAGUUGCGUGGAUUUUGUUUAUGAUCAUGGAUUAGAGAGAUUUUGCGGACCCCAAGCAAAGUUUGAAUAUAGCAAAGGUACCUGGGUUGAUGAUGUAGCCUCUGAGGCGUAUGUGAAGCACAAUGCCUUCAAAAACCCUUGUUCUCGUCGCGGUGCCCGUGGUGUCUGGAACAUGGGCCAAACGUGCUAUCAAUCUGUUAUCCUACAGGCAUUGCUCCAUGACCCAACCCUCAAUGCUUACUUUCUCUCUGGCGGUCACGAUAUCCACACUUGUGAACGGAACUUUUGUAUGGCCUGUGCUGCGAGUGAAGUAUUUAUGGAUUUUAACAGCGGCGAAAAGACCGAAGCCGUCUCGGCAGCAACCCUUCUCUAUCACGGCUGGGAUGCAUCAAGAGACAUGGCAGGAUAUCGCCAGCAAGACGCUCAUGAAUAUUUCCAAUUUUUGGUGAAUGCCCUUCAUGCUGCUACGCCCGGUCACUCAGAAAGCUACGAGAAGAGAUGCAAUUGCUUCUUCCAUCAAACAUUUUACGGCGAGCUUCGAAGUAGUGUCAUGUGCCACAAGUGUGGCAAGACCACACACACUUAUGAUCCCAUGGCCGAUCUAAGUCUUGAUGUACAGCUUCAAAACAAGAAGCGAAAAUUAGGACCACGAACGAGCUCCACGACAGCAACUUUGACUGGUUGUCUUGAAAGCUUCACUGCCGUCGAGGACCUUUCUCCCGAUGCUUCUUACCAUUGCGAGAAAUGUGGUAAUACCCCCCAGCGGGCUUCAAAGCGGCUACAGAUUCGCAAAUUGCCCGCUAUCCUCUGCAUGCAACUCAAGCGUUACGAACAUAACGCGGCUUCCUCUGAUAAAUUGCAUGGUCACAUUGACUUCCCUAUCACCCUCAACAUGCUACCCUUCACCGUCAAGAAAGACAAGGAACGCGUGGAUACGUCCAGGUAUAUCUACGACUUGUCGACUGUUAUUGUUCAUCAAGGUUCCAUGGACUCUGGCCACUAUUAUGCUUACACCCGUGUGCACGGCGACAAGUGGGUGUUGAUGGAUGACAACAAAGUCACCGUGGCCAGCGUUGCUGAUGUUCUGCGGCAGGAUGCCUACCUCUUGUUCUAUGGCAUUCGUUCUAUUGGUCCCCAAAAGAGCUCAUGA